AUGUUGAACAAUAAGGGGAGAGCAUAUUCUACAAGUGGAGGAUCUAUACUAAAUACAGUGAGGGAAUAUGGACUGUUUGAGGAUCUUGAUAUUCACACUCCCUUGAACUCUGCAGUCAUGUUAGAUGACGGAAGAGAUGAAGAUAGUGUAGAGAGGAUGGGCAAGGGACAUCUAGGGGAAAGUAUGGAGAGUUUGUUUAUUAGCGGAAGGUCGAGGUAUACAAAAGCUGAAGAUGGGGAAAAGUUCAAUCCAUAUGAAGAUAACUCUGGUACAGUAGUUUGCCUGAGGCAAGAUGAUUUCAUUGUUAUUGGCGGGGACACAAGGCAUUCUUCAGAUAUGAUUAUAAACUCUCGAGAGAUGACCAAAAUAUUCCAGAUUGGAGAUCUCUUUCUUACUGGGACAGGAUUCUAUGCAGAUAGCCAUGAGGUCUAUGUGAAAAUGGCAUAUGAGAUACGGCAGUAUGAAGUGGAGGGCUCCAUCAACGUCCACAGUGCUGCAAAUCUGCUUUCGAAGAUUUUAUACUCAAAAAGAUUCUUCCCAUAUUAUUCAUACUGCGUUUUGAGUGGAUUUGAGAAUGGAAGACCAUAUGUCUACUCAUACGAUCCUGUGGGGUCUUUUGAGUCUGUAACAUGUAUAUGCAAUGGAAGCGGGAGAAGUAUGAUCCAACCCCUACUGGAUUCCUUUGUUUCCAAGAAAAAUUGGAACAAUGCUGGGCAAGCACAGUUAAGCCAGGAGGAUUGUGUAAGACUUAUUACCAAAGCAUUUAACGCUGCAGCUGAAAGGGAUGUAAAGACAAAGGAUAAUCUUGAAGUCUAUGUGGUAAGAGAGAAUGAAGUGGAGCGCAAGGUCUUUCCUUUGAGAAGAGAUUAA